AUGUCAAGGGUGAAAGAGCAUUCUAUAAAUGGGUUCAAUGACUGCAACCGGCGAUUUACUGAUAGAGAGAGCUUAACGAGCAAUUCAUGCUCAAACCUUAUCAGUGCUCAAGCUUUUUUUUCAUUUGGUUGUUUACAAUGGCGCCUUCUCGGUUGUUGUCUAAGAUUUUAUCUCAAGGGGGACCUCGGCGGCUAUUUUUACAGUAAGAAUAUUUACCUGCAAAGUAAGCAAAGUCAGCAAAGUUCAGCAAAGCUCAGCAAAGUUCAGCAUUACUUUCAUUACGGCAUAAUAGAAAUGUUUCGUGUCUCUUUUUCUCCAAGUUUGACCUCUUUGAUUUUAAUCUGGAGCAGGUACCGGCGUUUAAAUGGGUUGAUGUGCAGUAUUUGGUUCCAGCAAGCUAACACUACUUUAACGAAACUGCUUAGACAAAUUGACACCUUCCAGAUAUGCGGCUCGAAUUCACCGUUUUCCUAG